CGAGUGACAUACAUAUUAUACAUGGAAAAUUUUAUAGCAACGUGUAUAAUUAUUAAUAAUUGUAUAUUAUAUGUAAAGUUUAUUAGUGUGAAAAUAUAAUUUAAAAUUCACAGCACGCAAUGUAUUGUCGAAAAAUAAUUACGAAUGUACACAAUUACGCGCAAUUCUACACAAAAUCUAAUGUUAUCACGAAUGUUUGCCAAUUGAAAUCAAAAAGAAAUCCAUUUAUAAUGUAUGUGUCACAAAUUUAUAAAAUAAAAAGACAUUAUAAUCACAUGUUCCAUGAACAUAAGAAUUCAUCUAAAACGAAACUUUUUAUUGUUUCGGGUAGUUUUUUGUUUAAUUUAUACGACGCUAAGGAAGAAAAAGACGAUGUUUCAGAAUUAGAAAUGACAAUUAAACGAUCAAUAUUAUUAAUUCAGAAGGGAGAAUUUAAAAAAGCAGAACGAAUGUUGCAUGUUGCUUUGCGCCAAGCGCAAAUUUUACAACAUUAUGAUGGUAUAACUUAUAUUUACGAUGUAAUGGCAAAUCUUGCAUACGAUAUGGAAGACUAUAAAAAAGCAAAGAAACUGUUUGUGUCAGUUUUAGAAAGAUUAAUAUCUAAGGGAGUUUCAAAAGAUGAUUUAGCAGUCAUUCAUAUUAGUCUUAAAAUUGCAAAUAUGUAUCACAUAGUAGGAGACAUAGAAAAAGCGGAAACUGGUUACAAAUUUUGCUUAGAAAAUUUACAAAAUCACAUGGCUAAAGAGAGUGAGAAUCCAGACGUUUUACAGUUACUAGGUUUAAAUUUAGAAUGGUAUGCAGCUAUGCUAUUUUCACAAUCGCAAUAUGCUGAUGCUAUGAAACAUUUAACUCAAUCUUACAAUAUAUCCAUACAAAUAAAUGGCGAGGAACAUGAACAGACUGUUGUUCUGCUGAACGAUUUGGGAACUGUUAAUUGUAUGUUGAAAGACUAUGAUCAAGCAAUUAAAUAUUUAUCUAAAGCUAUAGAAAUAGGAAAAAAGUUACCGGAUAUGUCUGACAUAGGUUCUGUUCAUAUUAAUUUGGGAAAUGUAUUUAUUAUGAAAGGAUUAUACGAUGAAGCGAAAAAAAAUUGUAAUCAAGGAAAGCAUUUAUCAAAGAUGAAAAAGCACAGUGAAGCUGUACAAGAAGCCGAAGAAUGUCUAGAAAGGAUAAAAAAAUUGAUAUCUUAGUAUAGUCAUAGAUGUGAAUAGAUUAUUUAUAUUUUGAGGUAA